GAAUUGACUUGACAUAACUUGUGCCGGCGUCAUAACAGCUGUUCAUCCCAACCUCUUAGUUUCGUUUUCAGUGAGUGGAAAUCGGUUAUUUCAACAAAACACGUGUUCUGUUCGUUUGGGACAGCAGUUAUUGACUACUUAUACUCUAAUUUCCUUUAUUACCUACGAUGGAGGCUGAUAACAGCUCAAAAGCUCCAGUUACUCGACUGCGCAGAAGGUUAUCUGUCGAGUCAACAGAAGAAAGGUCGUCCACACCAAAUACGCCCACCAAAAAACGUGGUAGGCCACCAAAGUUGAUACAAAUUGAUGAAAAUGAUGUAACUCCACAAAAGUCCACACCAAAACGUGUCACAAGGAAAACAACUAAAGAAGGCUUGGAACCUUUGGACGAAAAACCAUUGACACCAGUUAGAAGAAGUACUAGGACCAAAUCAAACACAAGUAUUGUCUCUGAUACUGUAACUACUACUACUGGCGAUACUCCAAGAGCAAAGCGGGUCACAAGAAGAAACUCACAAUUAGGCAGUGACAGUGAAAUCCUUUUAACACCUGCCAAGCAAACUAGAAGAACACGAAAGGUUUCAACACCAAAUCUAGAUAAAGAUGAAAUUGAAAAAGGAGUACCACAGAUAACUGAAAUUAUUGCUGAAGAAGCAGAAUUUGUUGAAAAAAGCUUUAACACACCAUCUCAUUCUCCUUCAAAUAAUAAGAGUAAAAAUAGCUCUGGUAUAGUUAUUGAUGAAGCUGAGAAAAAGUCAGAUAAUAUUGAUGAUUCUAAAAAUAAAUCUGUAGUAAAAUCCUCCAGUCCCCCAUCACCAGAUAUUCAGAAGGAGAAUAUAUCACCUGGACCAAAGCAUAACAAAAAGGGCAAUCUUUCAGCCGAUACAAUAGACCUAUUAAAUAAUGUGGACAAAUUUUCCAAAACUGAUAAUCUAAACAAAACAACAUCGUUUAUGGAAUCAAACAUGAAACCAUAUAAAAAAAGAACUAUGUCAUGGACAAUAAAUUCUUCAACAUCCAAUGAAACUCUGAAACAAGAACAAAAUGACAUUAAUUUAAACAAAUCUCGAAACAAUAAUGAAUCUGGAGUUGGCAGUUUACCUCAAAAUUCUCAAAACUUGAAAAGUGUAAAAGUUAUUGUAGAUAAAAUGGACAUUGAUCAAAUAUGUAAUAAAUCUGGAACAGAAAAUAAACACAAAGACAUAUCAAGUGAAGAACUAUUUAACAAAGACCCUAAUGAUGUUUCAAAGUCAGAAAUAAUAAAAGAGGAAUUCAAUACAGAAAUUAAUAUUCAGAAAACUCAAAAUACUCAAGAUCAAUUUGUUCCUGAUGUAGAUGUUUCUUCACCAAAUGUCAAUGUUUCAAUGAAUAAGUCUAAAACAGACAAAAAUAUGAAUUCUUCUAGUGCGGAAAAAAUGUUUAAUGACAGUGUUGAGCCUAUGGAUAUUGAUCAAACUAUACCUGAAAGCAUGAUAAUACAUGAAGAAAACGAAUCUUCUACAGAUAUAAAUAACAGAUCCCGUAAAAGUAGCUUAUCAUCUGAGUCUAAAAGAAAAUCUUCAGUAUCACAGGCUAUGGAAACUGAAAAUAAAAGUACUUUGAUAUUAUCACAGAAUGUUAAUGAUAAUCCCUCACAAUUAAAUAUUCUGGGAAACAGUCCAAUGCCAUCACACAAUACGUUUUUAUCUAAAUCACUUGUAGAUUUGGAUAAAACACAAAAUUUGGAUAAGGAACCCAAGAAUCAAUCCAUAACCUGCUUAACAAGUACCCCAUUACAACAAAAAUCUCUACAAAAGCUUAUUGCACCAAUGAAUGCAUCAAUUAUUAAAUCAACUGAUAACAUUGAUGGUACUCCAAAAAGUUUCAUCGAUACCAACUCGCCUUUAACGAAAAACGACAAUAUUGCACUUUCCUCUGCAAGUAAAAGUCUCAAGGUAGAUGAUGAUUGUGAAGACAAGGUCCCAGAAGAUAAAAUAACGAAUAUUGAUCAAUCAAUAAAAAAUGUUAAUGAUAGUCAGAAAAAAGAUGAUUGCAAAAAUAUAUCUAUGAGUAACAAGUCUAAUGUUCUCAAUCCUAAGGAUGAGGACAGUAAAAAUAAUGUGUCAUCUGAAUCCGUUAAGCCAAAGGAGGACAAAUUAUUAACGAAUACCUAUUCUAGUGAUGAAGAUUCAAGUGACGAGAUGCCAAAUUUCAAAGGUAAUAUUAAUGAAUCUAAGAAUAAAUCAAAAAAGAAUAAAAUGAUAAAUGAUGAAUCUGAUGAUAGUGAGAUAUCUAAUGAUGAAUCUAUCGCAAAAAAUGACUUAGUAAAUGAUGAAGCUGAAGAUGCUGGUGAUGAUUAUGAAUCGGGAGAUAGUCAAGAUGACGAGGAUGUACGAUAUGCCAAAGAAAACGAAAUUAUUGAUAAAGGAGUGACUCUUACGUCAGACGAGGACUUCUCAAAUGACUCUGAUUACGAAAGAGAUUCCUUCAUUGUCAGCUCUGAUGAAGAAGACAAUCAGUUGUUAGAAGGAACCGAAGAUGACUUAUCAAUGAGUGAUAAUGAACUUAAAAUGACAGCGAAGUCAAAGAAAAAAUACAAUGAACGUAUGAUCAAAGAACAGAAGAAAGCCUCUAGGGAAAUGUUUGAAUCCCGUCACAAACUAAAUAUUAAGAAAAAGAAUGUCAUAGAAGAUGAUAGCGAUUCCAAAUCAGAUGAUGACGACUCUCCUAAACAGCGAAAAAAAAAUAACAGGAUGCGAUUAGAUUCCAGUCACGAAACCAGUGGGCUUAAUGAAAGCAAGUCCCGUACUGAAAUCAAGAAGCGCUUGUCUGAAUCUAAUGUAAAUGAAACAACUGACGAAAAAGAGAUGACACAAAUGAAUGUGAGUUCUGAAGAAACAGACCCACUAGCCACUUCAAUGAAAAAAGAUCCAAAAUCUCCCAAGAACGGGGAUAAGCGAACAAAUACAACACUGGACUUUGAAGUAUCAUCAAAUAGGAGUCAAUUGAACAAUCUCGAAAAUGAUGAAGAAAAUCCUUUGGAGUCUGAAAAAGAUGAUGAAACUUCGUCAGACAGUGACGCAAAUAAUAUAAUUAGUAAUUAUGAUUCAGUUCUGAGCACCCUGAACAAAGCUAGUAAAGUUGACACAUCUCUUAACCUAGACGUGAAGAAAAAGAUGAAGAAUAAACGAGCCUCCAUAAUUGAUGAGCUUAAUCUAACUCAGUCUGGUAAAAAAGAAAGCUUGUCAAACACAACCCUGAAGCAAAAUCCUAAUAAAAAAGAUUUGGUUAAAGAUGAUGAUAAUUCGUCGUCUGACUCGAUCAAUCUCAAUCUACUUAUUUCUGAAGAUAGCAACACUGAUUCUAUAAAUACUAAAAAUGAAGAUGAAUCAGCUUCUUUGAAAAAGAGUGAAGUUAAGAUUGAUCUCACAAAUAGUGGAGAGGAAAACAUGGAUUGUGGUUCAGAAAACCUCUUCUUCAUCGACACAAAAGGAAACCUUGAAGACGAUGCACCGGCAGAAGAAACGAUUAUCAAAGACAAGAAUAUUUCCAAUAUUAAAACACCUAAAAGUGAUAAGAAGAAACAAAGAUUGUCUAAAUCACAGGCUGAUAUUAAUGUUACACUUAUUGAAGAAAUUGAUCAUCAAAAUCCAUCAAGUGCUAAAACGCCUAAAAGUGAUAAGAAAAAACAAGUCUUUGAAUCGAUUGCUGAUAAUGUUACAUCAACUAAGGAAACCAUCAAAGAUCAGAAUAUAUCAAAUGUUAAAACUCCUAAAAGUGAGAAGAAGAAGAAGCAAAAGUUAUCUGAAUCUACAGCCAAUAUUGAGGAUGCCACGACUGAAGAUAAAAUUGUAAUACAGAAUACUUCAAGUGUAAAAACUCCCAAAAGUGAGAAGAAAAAGAAGCAAAAAUUCUCUGAAUUUGCUGCUGAAGAAAAUGUUGAUGAAGCCAUGCAAGUCGAAGAUCAGAAUACUUCAAAUGUAAAAACUCCUAAAAGCGAAAAGAAGAAGCAAAAGUUAUCCCAGUCACAUACUGAUAUUGAUGUUGAGCCCGAGAAUGAUAUGGACCAAAACGCUUCAAGUAUUAAGACUCCUAAAAGUGAGAAGAAGAAGAAGAAUAAAUUAGCCCAAUCAGCAGUUGAUAUUGAUGUUUCAGACCUGAAUUUGUCGCAAGCAAAAACUCCUAAAAGUGACAAGAAGAAAAAGCAAGAUUUUUCUGAAUCUCAAGGGAAUAUUCAAGAGCUGGACUCCUCACAUGUGAAAACUCCCAAAAGUGCAAAGAAGAAAAAGCUUAGUUUAUCGGAAUCACAGACAAAUAUUCAAGUUACAGAACUGAACUCAUCCAACGCCAAGACACCGAAAAGUGCAGAGAAAAAGAAACACAAAUUAUCUGAAUCGCAAUAUAAUCAAGAGCUGGACUCUAAAGCGAAUACUCCUAAAUCUGAAAAGAAGAAGAAUCAAGAUGCGUCACAGGCAAAUAUUGAAGUUUCAGAAGCACCAAUAGAAGAAAUUGUUGCUGAGGUGAACUCUAAUGUAAAGACACCUAAAAGUGACAAGAAAAAGAAAAGAAAGUCUGGCAAUAUUGAAGAAGCUAAUGUCGAUGAAGAAGUUUCAGUUGUCAAGACACCUAAAAGUGCUGAGAAACUUCCUCAAAAUAAUGUUGAAGAUUUGGUAUAUAAACAAGAAAUAGAUUUAACAAAGACUAAAGGUGAAAAGAAAAAGAAAAAGCAGAUGUUACAAUCAGCAGAUAGCAUUGAAGUGCAAAGUGAAGAUUUAGUCAAAGGUAAGAAAAAGAGGAAGAGGUCAAACACUGGUCCAGUGGAGGAUAUUAUUGAAACUGCUUCACAGAUCAUUGGCAAUGAAAUGAAAAAGAGAAAAAUAAAAAAUACAGAUGAAACUGUGAAAGUAGCUGAUGUCAAGAAAAGUAAAAAACGCAAAGAAAGGGAAGAUGAUGACCAUGAUCAACCGAAGGUCCAACCGAGUUCCUCAAAGAUGACAGUUCCCCGGUUGCCCAUGUCUGUCAUUACCCAGCUGGCGGACAAUCCAAAAAUUCAAGCCAGGAAGAAGCCAAAAGUAAUUUCAACCAGCCAAUUUAUAGUCGAGGAUUAUCGUAGAAAAAUGCCCUCAACAUAUCUAGAAGAAAGUGUUUAUCUAAACGAUGAUUCACCUGAAAAGAAGAAACCAAAGAAAAAAAUACCCAAAGUGUUGCCAUCAAUGCCUUCGACUUCAUCCUCCAACCACGGAUUUACGACUACAUUUAAAGUAAAUGUUAUCUCGGCUGAAACUAAGUUUGUCGCACAAGCUGACAACGUCGCCAACUUCAGGGAAGACCGUUUAUACAAUAAAAAUCGAAAGCGACGCACAUACGAACACUUAAAGAAACACACAAAUUCCAAAUUAUCAAAAUUUUAGUUAUUUUUUUCUAAUUUAUGGAUCUAAGCCGCCUGUUGUUUAUUAUUUAAUUAUUAAGCAUUCGUUAAACGUGACUUUUGUUUUCUGAUCCUUUUUUGUCUUCUUAGUUAAUAUACAUAUAAAUUUGUAAUUAGAUAUAGUUAAAUUCUUUGUUGCCAAAAUAUGUUAACUUUUGAAUUAUGAAUGCAUUUAGGUUCUUAGUUCUUAGUCUAUAAAUUUUUCGAUCACUCUUUUAACAGUUUUCAAAUUCCAUUCCACUAUAUUUUAUUCACCUUUCCAUUAGAAUAAUUUACUUCGGAAUAUUAAUCUAAUCUAUACGGAAAUCUGGCCAGCGAUUUAUUUUAUGUAUUUGGAUUUGGCGCCUUUUGUGUGUUUUACGUAUGAACUAGAUGGCGCUAGAUGCUGUUGCGAGAAUUUCCUCUCGCCAUGUGCCUUGUUUUCUUUUAAAAAGAUGAUGUUUUGACAUGUUAUAAGUAUUGUAUGUAAAUAAAGCUACUCAUUGAUAUUGAAA